GCACAAUUUUUAAAUUGGGAAACGACAGACAGGAGGAUCCGGACCCCUCAUCAUCGUCGACACAUUUUAUUCGCAGCUGUUCAUGGAAACAAUUUUUGUCAAAAAUGGCAUCUGACGGACCAUUAAAGACCCUCUUUGACAAUGCUCAGAAAAAUGAUAUUGCUGACCUCCCAUCUCCCGGCCAAACUGGCAAGGGAGCAAAGAAUAAGAAGCGUCUAUCUGUGGAGAGGAUUUACCAAAAGAAGACUCAGCUGGAGCACAUCUUGCUACGUCCAGACACUUACAUUGGAUCUACCGAGCCAGUCACACAGGCCAUGUGGGUGGUGGAUGGUGAAACACUUGUGAACAGAGAGAUCACAUUCGUUCCAGGUCUCUACAAGAUUUUUGAUGAAAUUCUUGUGAAUGCGGCUGACAAUAAGCAGAGAGAUCCUAAAAUGGAUUGCAUCAAGAUUACCAUUGAUGCUGAGAAUAACACCAUCGUUGUGUGGAACAAUGGGAAAGGAAUCCCUGUGGUUGAACACAAAGGAGAGAAAAUGUACAUCCCAGAGAUGAUUUUCGGCCAUCUGUUGACAUCCAGUAACUAUGACGACACUCAAAAGAAAGUCACAGGUGGCCGUAAUGGUUAUGGUGCUAAACUAUGUAACAUCUUCAGCAAGAAGUUCACUGUUUCCACUGCUAGCAAGGAAGACGGCAAGAAAUUCAAGCAGAGUUGGUCAGACAACAUGAACAAGAAGGGUACAAACAAGCUUUCUUCGUUUGAUGGCUCUGACUACACCGAGAUCUCCUUCAGUCCUGACCUUGAGAAAUUCAAGAUGAGCUGUCUGGACCGGGACACCAUUGCGCUGCUUACCCGUCGUGCCUACGACAUUGCAGGCUGUCUCAAGGGCGUCAAGGUCUUCCUCAAUGGCAAGAAGUUACCUGUGAAUGGCUUCAAGUCAUACGUGGAUAGGUUUCUGAAGAGUUUUCAGAAGGAAGACAGUGAACCGUUGAAAGUUAUUCACGAGGAGGUGAACUCACGAUGGGAGGUGUGUCUGUGUAUGAGUGAGAAAGGAUUCCAGCAGGUCAGCUUCGUCAAUAGCAUUGCUACUACCAAGGGUGGUCGUCAUGUGGACUAUGUUGCUGAUCAGGUGAUUACUAAACUGAUUGAAACAGUGAAGAGGAAGAACAAGGGAGGAGUCAAUAUCAAACCAUUCCAGAUCAAGAACCACCUUUGGGUAUUUGUGAACUGCCUGAUUGAAAACCCCACCUUUGACUCGCAGACCAAGGAGAACAUGACCUUACAAGCCAAGAAGUUUGGCUCAGAAUGUAAACUGAGUGAAAAGUUUAUCAAAGGGGCUCUGACUUGUGGUGUGGUAGAGAGUAUCAUGUCAUGGAUGAAGUUCAAGGCUCAGAGCCAAUUGGACAAGAAGUGCCACUCUUCCAAGCACUCCAAGCUGAAGGGCAUCCCAAAGCUGGAUGAUGCCAACGACGCAGGAGGAAAGAACUCUUCUAAGUGUACCUUGAUCCUCACCGAGGGAGAUUCAGCCAAGACUCUGGCUGUUAGUGGUCUUGGUGUGGUCGGUAGAGAUCACUACGGUGUGUUCCCUCUCAGGGGUAAGCUGCUCAAUGUGAGAGAAGCCUCUCACAAGCAGAUCAUGGAGAAUGCCGAGAUCAACAACAUCAUCAAGAUCCUAGGUCUCCAGUACAAGAACAAGUACGAGACACCAGAAUCCUUGAAGACACUCCGAUACGGCAAGCUGAUGAUCAUGACUGAUCAGGAUCAGGAUGGUUCCCACAUCAAGGGUCUCCUUAUCAACUUCAUCCAGCAUAACUGGCCCAAACUCCUCCAUCACAACUUCCUGGAAGAGUUCAUCACACCUAUUGUCAAGGUUAGCAAGGGGAAAGAAACCCACCCUUUCUACUCUCUACCUGAGUUUGAGGAGUGGAAGGAAGAAACUCAAGGAUCUAAAUCAUGGAAGGUCAAGUACUACAAAGGUUUGGGUACGAGUACCAUGAAAGAAGCCAAGGAAUACUUUAGUGACAUGGUCCGUCAUCGCAUCCCAUUCAAGUACAAGGGCCCUGAGGAUGAUGAAGCUAUCGUCUUGGCUUUCAGCAAGAAAAGGUGUGAGGAUCGUAAGACCUGGCUGACUGAAUUCCUGAAGGAAAGGAAAGAGAGGAAAGAGGCUGGUCUUGGAGAGAUGUACCUUUACAACAAGGAUACCCGGCGCAUCACAUACGAAGAUUUCAUCAACAAGGAACUUGUUCUCUUCUCUAACAUGGACAAUGAGAGAUCUAUCCCAUCCAUGCUCGAUGGUCUGAAGCCUGGACAGCGUAAGGUUGUUUUUACCUGUUUCAAGAAGUACGAGAAGAAAGAGAUCAAGGUGGCCCAAAUGGCCGGUGCUGUGGCUGAGCUUUCUGCCUACCAUCAUGGUGAAACAUCCUUGAUGAGCACCAUCAUCAACUUGGCACAGAACUUUGUUGGUAGCAACAACGUGAAUCUCCUGCAGCCCAUUGGUCAGUUUGGUACCCGUCUUCAUGGAGGAAAGGACGCUGCCAGCCCCCGUUACAUCUUCACUCAGCUCAGCCCCCUGACCCGUCUCCUCUUCCCCGCUCACGAUGACAACCUCCUCACCUACGAGUACGACGACAACCAGCGUAUCGAGCCUGAGACCUACGUACCCAUCAUUCCAAUGGUUCUAGUCAACGGUAGCGAGGGUAUCGGUACCGGUUGGAGCACCAAGAUCAGUAACUACGAUGUCCGGGAGGUGACGGCUAACGUCCGCAGACUGGUCGCAGGAGAGGAACCUGUUCCUAUGAUUCCAUCAUACAAGGGAUUCAAAGGAACCAUUGAAGAACUCGAGGCCAACCGUUUUGUGGUCAGCGGAGAGGUAUCGGUCAUCGACAACAACACCAUUGAGAUUACCGAGCUUCCUGUAAGAACCUGGACCCAGGUCUACAAAGAACAGGUCCUAGAACCUAUGCUGCAUGGAUCCGAGAAAGUCCAACCCAUGAUCACGGACUACAAGGAGUAUCAUACCGAUACCACUGUAAAGUUUGUGAUCAAGAUGAGCGAGGAUAAGCUUCUGAAGGCUGAGGAACAAGGACUGCAUAAGACCUUCAAACUCCAAUCCACCAUCUCUCAAGCAAAUGUCAUGGUCUUGUUUGACAGCCAUGGUUGCAUCCGUCGCUAUGACAACGUAGUUGAAAUCCUGCGAGAGUUCUUUGCGGUGCGUAUGGAGCUGUACCACCGACGCAAGGCUUACCUACAAGGAAUCCUUGAGGCCGAAUCCGCCCGGCUCAACAACCAGGCAAGGUUCAUCUUGGAGAAGAUUGAAGGAAAGAUCAAGAUCGAGAACAUGCCUAAGAAGGACAUGAUCCAGGUGCUCAUCCAACGUGGCUAUGACUCGGACCCAGUCAAGGCAUGGAAGGAGAGCCAGGCUAAGCUGCAAGGUGGGGAGGAUACAGAGGACGAGGGAGCCGAAGAGGCCACGCCCGCAUCGGGACCGGACUACAAUUACCUCCUUGGUAUGGCCCUGUGGAGUCUGACGAAGGAGAAGAAGGACGAGCUUCUGAAGAACAGGGAUGACAAGGCCCGUGAGCUGGAGAUUUUGAAGGGCAAGACAGCUAGUAUGCUGUGGACUGAGGAUCUAGAUUUGUUCUCUGCUGAGCUUGAUCGUGUUGAGGCCCAGGAGAAAGAGGAUGAAUCGACAGCGGUCAUCUCGGCUGGCGCAAAGGGAGCCAAGGGCAAGGCCAAACCACGUAAGCAGAAGCUUCUAGCCAAAGAAGAGACGAAACCAUCCCCGAUGGGACGUCGUGUUGUUCCACGCAUUGAUCCAGCCCUCAGGAAGGCUGUUGAGGGAGAGAAGAAGAGAGCAAAGAAGGUGAAGGCUGAACCGGGAGAAGGGAAGAUCAAGAAAGAGAUCAAGAAAGAAAUCAAGACGGAACCAGAGAUUCCUGAAGAAGAUAGAGAACCGCUCUCAUUGGCGGAGAGACUUGCCAAAGCUAAAUCAGGUGGUGAUGGAGCUACCAAGUCCAAGAAACAAUCAACCUUGUACCUCAAACCCAUCAAGAAGGCCACCAAGAAAUUAGAUUCAGAAUCCGACGAUGAUGACGACUUUGGCUCCGCCCUAGUCAAGAAAGAGAAGGCUCCAAAGCGAUUGGCUUCUGCCAAGAUAGAAUUUACUUUUAGCGAUGAAGAGGAGGACGACAUUGAGAUGUCCAUGCCACGCGAGAUGUCGGACGACUCCAUUAAGUUGGAGGACCUCGCUGAUGAGGACGACGGUGACGCCGACGGGUCAUUCAUUGCUCCACCAGCCAAGAAGAAAAGCAAGAAGGCAAUCAUUGCUUCUGAUGAUGAGGAUGAUGAUGCUAUGGACACCCAAAGCACUGCCAGCUCCAAGAAAGAUGAGGACCUUUCCCCAAAACCAGCAGCCAAACCUGCCAAGAAACCCAGGGCCAAGGCGACAAAGAGCAAGGAAUCGAAGAAGGAGAAGGAUGAAAAGCAGCCUUCAAUCACAGACAUGUUUGGCAAGAAGGCAGCCCCGAAGAGAAAGAUGGAAUCAUCAGAAGAUGAAUUAGUUCCUGUCAAGAAACCAGCAGCUUCAAAGUCAGCGAAGAAAACUGUACAGUCUUCAACUACCUCAGACUCGGAUGAUGCCUUUAAGAAGCCUGCUACGAAGAAAGCUGCUGCAAAGAAACCAGCAAAGCCCAAAGCCAAGAAGGCUAAGAAGAAGGCUUUUGACUGGUCAGAUGAUGAAGAUGAUGACGAAGAUGAAACUUCGUUUGCUAUGGAUGAAAACAUUACUGUCCCAGCAAGAGAGAAGACUGGUCGUGCCAGAGCUACAGUCAAGUAUAAUUUCUCUGAUGAUGAAGAUGAUGAUGAUUAUUAAACAAGAGAUGCCUACCAUAGCACCUACACCUUGCUUUUGAUAAACAGGAACAAGUUUCCAUUCAUAUGUCAUUUCAUUUACCGGUAUGUUGUGUAUAAUUGUAAAUACUGUCAAAUUUAAUUUAGUUUUUCUGUCUGUCCUGUACAUAUUGUCUGUGUAAAUAUUGUACAGCUAUGAGGUUUUCUGACAGAGAUCAGCGGACAUGUUUCAUUGUAGAAUUAGCCAUUCCAAUGCCAAGUGAGUACUUUAACCUGAGAUGAGCUUGGAAGAAUAAAUACGAAAAUAACAUAUUUGUCUGGCUGCUCUUAUUUUUCCUCCCAAAUCAUGUGAAAUAUACAUACGGUAAUGGUAGAUUCAACAUGGGUUGGAAUCGUGCAAAUUUGUAGGAAUUUUAGAAGCAUUAAGUCUACUGUAGAUUGUGUCUCUGAAGAAAUUGGUAUAAAUAAUGUUCUGAUAUGAAUCAAAGUCUUCUACUUGAAAUGCUUUUCGAAAUUUUCUUAACCCUUGUAUUUUUCUUGACAUCAAUCGAUACAGUCUGCUCAAAAUAUAAAAUUAAUUGACAGAUUACAGACAAGCUGGAUUACAUUUCUACAAGAAAAUUGGAACUCUAUUCCUAUAUUUAUUUGUUCAUUCAUUACCAUAUUACAAAAAGAUUUUGUCAAUUUCAUUAUUUUGAUUAAGGAUUUGAUGAACCUCCUUGUAUAUGUAAGGGAAACUUUCUCGUCAAGUAUUUACUAUUUUCCAGCUACUAAGUUAUAUAAGUUAUAAAGCUUUUUAUUCUCUCACAGUUACCAUAGUAACAGUCAAGAGAGCACUACUUUGCAGUCAGUCAAAAGUAUGGGUUUCUUUGAAAUUGUAAAGAAUCAACAAUUUGAUCAAUCCUGUUGUAUUUCAUGAACUGUUAGCAUUUCUAUAUUAUGUUAGACAUAUUUAUUCUGCACAAUUUUGUUUACAGUUUUUGUUAAGCUGGAAUUUCUUUGAAAUUGCAUUAUUUUUUAUUCAAUAUGUGUUUGGAUUAUUCUUAUAUUUUGUUCCCAUUGCUUUUUUUUAUUAUUGCAUCGUAUGGUUUUAAUUGUUAAAGGUUGAUUUUUUUUCUUCAUUUUUAUUGUUUAUUUGAGAAGUAAUCAUAGAUGAAGUUACUUGAAAAGUGUUUCAUUUAUUUAAAUCUGCACAUUCCUGUUUAUUUCAUUUUUGUUAGAUAUGAUGAGCCGUUGGUUUGUCAUCUAGAAACUUUAUGCUCUGUUAUUUUGUAAACAGGAUGCUGAUUGCCUAAUUAGUUACAUAUGUACAACCAUACAUAAAUACAUGUAUGUAAAGAGUACUAUACACCAACAUAUAACUUCUAGUAAUAAUUAUGAUGUCACUGGCUUUCCAUAGUCAAGGCAGAUUUGAAUCAGAAGCAGUCAUCUUAGUUAUGGAGAGCUUUAUAUCUAAUAUCCAAAUGUCCACCCGAUGGGUAGUUUCACAUAAGUAACAAGUAUGGUCAACCUUGCUUUGCAAGGACUUUCGAAAUAUCUCAGACUUCUAAAGAAUAAGCCAGCUUCUUACCUCAUUAAUCAUGAAGCUUAAUAUAGGGUAUUUGAGAUAUGUACAUGAAUGUAUGUGUCAAGUUUUUCAUAAUAUGUCAUGUGGUACAAUGAUUGUACCGUGUUCUGUUUUACUGUUAGAUGUCAACAUGAGUUUGAUGUCUUGUGUAUCAUUAAAACAGAAAAUUUGAA